AUGGCGAAGCGGAAGUCGGCGAACUCGAAGAUGGCGUCACGGAAGAAGCCGGCGGUGAAGCUGGACAAGAUUUUCUGCUGCCCCUUCUGCAACCACGCCGGGAGCGUCGACUGCGAGAUCGACCGCAAGGAAUGGUUCGCCGUGGUCAAGUGCUUCGUGUGCCAGGAGAGCUACUCCACCAAGGCGCACGCCCUCACCGAGCCCAUCGACGUCUACAGCGAGUGGAUCGACGAGUGCGAAAAGGCCAACCAAGACGUCGACGUCCGCCGCCGCCGCCGGGACUCCUACGCGUGA